GAGAGAGAGAGAGAGAGAGAGAGAGAGGAAGAGGAACCAAGGGAUCGUAAGAACCUGGUCAGCUUCGACUCCACUAGCUGCAGAGCACGCAAUGAAGCAGAGAAAGAGAUGAAAGGCGAUCAGGAGAGGUAGAAGGAACCGACUCGAAGAAGAGAUGGCAAGCCUACUGCCGAAGGUCGUCCCGUACAAACCCCCGUUCGCCUGUCCUCUUCGCCUUCUCCGGCUUAGUAGCAGCACGAGGACAAGGGCAAGAGCAGAAGCGACGGCGAGAACGGGCUUCGUGAUGAGCUCCGCGCCGGCUUUGCUUGCAGCACUCGUCGUCCUCUCGUCCUCCGCCGUGCCUUCGUCGCCGGACACGCUGUACGACGUGCCGCAGACGCUUUCCGGGGAUGACAAGAAGCAGGCCAGAAUCCAACGGCCGAAGUCGAGGAAAGCGGAGAAAUGUGUCGGCAAGUGUGUCACCACGUGCAUUCUGGGCGGCGCUGGCUCACCGGGCGAAGGACCCUUCAAUAUUAGAAGGCCUCUUGUGGUGUUCAAGGAUGGAUUCCGCAGUCGUCAGUACUGUUUGGUAGAGUGCUCAGACAUCUGCAACCUAAUCAAGGAUGGAGAAGAUGGCCCUUGAUACAGUUGUUUGUGUUGCAAGAAAUACCGGUACUAAACCCACACAAACCAAAGUGCAUCAAUUUGAAUUUCGUAUUUUAACAUCAUUGUGUUAACUGAAUGGCAAAUUUCUUGCUUAUUCUAAAGAAAUGCUUUCUUGGUGAGUGAUUUAGUAGCUGGCAAGUUUCUGAAACAUUGCAUAUUCUGUACUUCUGUGCAUAUUUGAAGAAUAAAUAGUUUAGACCAAUUAUUCAUUGUUGA